AUGCAGGAGGUCGGCGGGGAUGAGGGGUGCGAAGGGGCGGACGACUAUGAAAACAACGGCGGUAGAGUCGCUUCGGAUCGCAAAGUGGCCGAGAGAGGCAAUAUCUUUCUGAGCGGUGUAGUAGAGGCCGAAAACGGCGCACAUGAUGAGGAAUAUUCCUCAAGAAGUAACGGCUUUUUCGAGGAGAACGGAAGGCGUGGAGAUGAUGCACGAGUCUCGGGCAAGGGGGUUCUGCUGCUAGGGCUCGUCGUCCUUGCCACCAUGGCGCUCUGCAUGUCGUGGGUCGGAGGUGGCGGGAAAACCCAACGAAAUACGGCUGAACACGGCAUAGGAGACGAUCGCGAUCUCAUGGAACUCGACGAGAUCAACUUGGGCACGAGGGGGGAGGAUCGGGGGGGCAAGCGCCGAUUACCCAUCGCACCCUUCAGCUCCAGCUGCCCUUACGCCAUCCUUGCAGAAGAGGAAGGGCAUGAGAGAAGCGACCGCGGCGGUGACGGCGGGAAUACUUCCGCGCCCGGAAACGUCGUUGUCGUCACGGACUUCAACUACUGCCGCUUGGGCAACCGUUUCCUUUCCAUGGGCCGGAGCCUGAGUCUAGGGUACUGCUGCAAAUCUAGGCUGGUGUCGCUGCCGCCAAAGGACGACCAGCUCGCCCCCGGUCGUUUCAACGACGGCACUCCUGGGCCUAGGAACUUUGACUUUUCAAGCGCGCCGGACGUGGAAGGUUUCGACUCUUCCAGCUGCCCGCCUGAGAUCAAGUGGGGCGGAACACAGGCAUUCCACCUAGAAGGAUUACGCGAUGAAGGCCACCCGUACUACACCCCGGGGCUGUUCACGUGCAUCAAGGAGCUCCCCUGGAUAAUAGGGUGCGAAGCGGCCUAUUUCUUCCCGACAGACAUGGCCGUUCCAAUGUGUCCAUUGGACGAAACGGCCGAAGGAGGCAACAAAAACGUCAGAGAUAUAUCGGAGAAACCAAAGGAUGAUGCGCCCGGGAUCCAGUUGGAUUGGGAAGAGAGUGGGCACGGGCGGGAGGCUACAGAACAGGAGGAGGAGGAGGAGGAGGAGGAGGAAGAGGAAGGAUCUGCUGGAAACUUGGUGAUGCACGUGAGGUCGGGAGACAUUUUCGUUAGCCCUGCGCAUCCGGGCUACGGCCAGUACUACGUGCAAGCCAUACAAGACCAGCAGUGGGAUCGCGUCGACGUCGUCACCAACGGCAUCGAAGAUAAAAACCAUGCCAUCAACCCCAUCGUGCCGGCGCUCGAAGCCAAAGUGGCAAAGGGUCAACUCCCCGGGAACAUCCACUUCCACAAGAACCGCACGAUGGAGGAGGAUCUCCUGUCCAUGAUCUGCGCGGACGGUUUCGUGGCGGCGAGAUCGACCUUGGGCCGUGUCGUUUCGCACCUCUCCUCGGCCAAGCGGAUGUACUUUCCCACGUCGUGUAACGAAGAGCUCAAGAAUCUUGGCACCGAGGGACCUGGGACACAGGUGUUUGGCAUGGCUUCGUGGGACCACGAGUAUACCGUGUUCCGGCGCUGGAACAACACGGCCGAUCAGAUAGCGGAGAUGAUGACCGCCGACGUCGGUGGCUUCGAGCAGUGCACCGCCAGCAGACCAUAG